AUGCACCUUCCCAGCGUUAUCCAGAUCCUUGCUGCCACAACCAUAUCUUUGGUUGCUGGCUCAGCAGCUGCAUCUGUCGAAAACAUCAAUAUAAAGGAUAUGUACAUCGAAAAGGACUAUUACAUGAAAAGCAUUGCCCCAGACACAUUACAAAGAAUUUCUGCCCUCCGAGCAACCCAGAAAAAGUGGACAAGCAGCCAAAAUGUGGUUUUCGAUCUAGCGGAGCAGAUGGUUAAGAACUACGAGAUUGAUAGGCUUCAAGAGCUCAGGAGCAAGUGUCACGCUGUCUUUGGUGAUGAUUGUGUUAAUCUACUAGUGGGUCAGAAGACGGGCUCCGGGAAGCAGAAGCAGAUGAUUCCCGGAGGGAAACUCUUGCUUCCUGACUGUGAAUGCAACUAUUAUGCCAGCUGGUGCUGGGUUGGGAAAUGUGUAUGGGUCGAAGGGACCUGCAACAAGAAGCCGAGUAAGUUUACCAAGUACUACCUAAGUUUUCUUGGAUGCCGAACCCUCACAGCAGACUAA